AUGGGUGUUAACACCCGCAAACCAAUGCUUCCAGCUCCCACCGACUCUUCAUUUCUCGAUACGACAGGAGGCAGUGCGACUGGUACAGACCUUGCAACAGAUCUUUCUCGACGGACCGAUAAAACAUCAUACUCAAUCCCGGAUGACGGCAGUCCUAUUACCAUCUCCACGCGCCGUCGAUCUCAAAACCGAGACCGGGACGAAUCCAAACUUUCCCGAACCUCCCACCAGUCUCAAACCUCUCUUCUAAUCGAGUACUUUGAAGGUGGGAAGAAAGGUGGGAGUCUAAAUUCUCGACCCAGUGUCAGAGUGAAAGUGACCCCUUCCGCCGCUCGCAAAAUCAGAGACCAGAACGACCACAUCCAGAUUAGUGAGUCAAGCGGAGGAAGAAAUCCAUCAUACACGAGGCGCAUUUCCCUGGGGACUCCAACUCCAACUCGAACGAAGGAGAUUACUGAGUGUGCUGCGGACGACCUAAGCAUCAGUUCAAUUGGAUCCUUAGCGGAAGAUCCUGGCACUGUUCGCCGUCCUCCAUUCGAGAUUGAGUUCUCGAGGGACAGUGAACUAUCGGCUAGGUAUAUCCAACCAACGUCUGAUAUUUCCUCCAUGCCCCCGGAUAGCAUGCUGGAAGGCUUAACUACCAUACCUCAAGCUCGUCGUCAACGAAGCCAUAGUGUAAGCGGAGAUGAGGUCCAUGAACAUCCCCGGUCCUCGGAGAUGUUGAAAACCCCCUCGAGGAGGAGAAGCCGCAGUUUAAGCAGGGAAAGGAUUGCACAUAAAGCGGCAGAGAAACUUACUGCCGUUCCACGAGAUGUCACUCGCACCAAAGGCAGACACAAGGAAAAGAAUCGGAGUCGAAGUGUGAGCAAAGAAAUAUCAGAAACCGACAGGAAGUUUUCACAUCGACGUUCAGGCAAGCAUCGAGACAAAGACUUGGCUAGUGCAGAGUCAAGCAUUUUGAGCAACUCCGCACGUUCUCCUCAGUUUAAAUCUGGAGACCAAUAUUCCUUUCGCUCCGGAACAUCAAAAUCCUCCAUCAAUAACCCUCGGUUACUGGAAACUGUUGAGGAUGCUAUUCGACGACUUAUCUUACCGGAACUCAAGGAAUUGAAAAAGGAUCAGAAGGUCCGUGCAAAUAGAAACCAAUUUGACUAUGAUACAAAUGCCUCUCUCGGUUCGGGAAGCAUCGUUUCUAGGGAUGAGCUAGGGCGACGUUUGUCUAAACAUGCGAGUGCUCCUGAUGUUACUAAACCACGUGUGGUAGUCAGCAGUGACAGCAAAGAAACUCCAGUAGUCAUUUCAGAAGGAUAUUCGGGGAGAUCCAAGGAAUGCAGAUGGGAGAAACCACGCGAAUCCCAGUAUGUCAAGUCGUACACGAGGGGGUUAUCAGAGGACUCAUACGUAUCGGAUGAAACCAUCCAGCGGAAGAAAUCCAAAGGACUCCGCGACGCUGAGGCUGCAGCAAUCGUCGGUACAGCCCUGACCACCGCUGCUCUCAAACACCAUGACUCGAAAUCUAGUCUAGACAAACGGGAACGUAGGAAGAAACGCAACAAGAGUCGAAGUCGAAGUGGAAGCGUCAAUGAAACCGAACUGAUGUUUCAAAAGCAUGGAGUCCCCCCAAUGCCUCUACGUAGCGAGAUUGAUUCCGAAUUGACAAGGGAAUCGAUAUUAUCCCAGCAGACAACCGGUACUGAAACUCCUGCAUGCAGUGAGUUAGCACGCAGAACGCCACACGAAAUUGAGUCACCUGUCCCUCAAACACCAACACGAACCCUACGCGGAAUGGUGACUGGUUCAAAAUCUAAUGGGAUCUUAUCAGCGAAAACUUUCAGUCCCCACAGUCAGUCAAAAAGCACAGAAGUUGACGAGGAUUUAACGCCAACCAAGGAAGAAACACGACUUACGGACUAUGCGUUUAUAAAACCCUUUCACGGACCCCCGGACGAAUACACCGCACGUGCUCUUAGCCCAAUCCAGAGCGUCGCAAGCUACAGGGAACGGGACUCGGAUAGUGGAAAGGAAACGGGUCAACGAGCUGAUAGGUCUGGAUCAGUAAGUAGGGACAUUCCCGAACCAGGUCACAGGCUAUCAAUCGAUUCUCUGUCGUCUGCCCCAAGCACGAAUUUGGCUAGAUCAACCCGUCCAGCUGACUACGAAGAAAAGAGAGAGGCAUUUCUAGCUCAAAAGGACGAGUCUGGGGUGAAUAUUGGCUACGAAGGAACCCCGCGAACGUCGAAAUAUGAACCCUGGACAAAGAGCCAGCUCGACGAAAGUGAUGAAUAUAGGCAUUCUCUGGGCCAGGAUAGUUUGGAUGACUUCCGGGAUGAUAGUUUUGUUGAUGAUCCGUUUACUCCAGGGCAACAGGUUGCACAAGGAGCUGCUGCAAAUGUUCAGUAUGUUCACACACCUGUUAUGGUUGAGUCUGCCGUAGCCUCACUCCAUGAUCCAUCUGUGGUGGACAUUCACUCCACCAAAUCUGGUAGGAACUCAGCUGUUGGAUCGCCCAGUCAACACCGAAGUGUGAGCCCUGGGUCUAUUAACGGAGCGCAGCGAGGUCUGAUAGAAGUCGGUCCCGGCAGCCCAUUAAAGCAACGACAGAAUGUAUCGAGCCCCGAAGAGAAAUCAUUCCAAAAGCGGAUGGGGGCGACGUCACCACCUCAGAGUGUGGGGGAUUCUUCUGAAGACCGACCACAUAUGGGAAUAACUGGUUUACCAGGAGCGGGAAGCCCCAUUCCAGAAAUUGGCCAUAUUCCUGAUUCAGAGUCGGAGAUAAACACAAACCCCUCAAUAAUUCAGGGCCCUAUUGGUGGGAUCCCGAAAGAAGAUAGAGAUCAUUGGCCAUACGAUGCUACGCCUCCUCGGUCUAAAGGCAAUGAAAUCCACGAGCCUCAUCAGAUCCUGGGAGACACGACAAGCCCCAUCCAAGGAACAGGUCUAGUUUCCUCAUAUAGCAACACCAAUUUUAAUGAGCCCUUCUACGGAGCUGAUCAUGGAAAUGGUUAUCCUGAUAGCAAGGCUAAACAUGGACAAAAAAGAGACGUUUAUCCAGACCAUUUAUUAACUCCUCCAGGAAUCAAGGAUGAGGGUUAUAUCUCUGGUGCAAAUCCUCGAUCGCCCAGCCUCGCCACACCUGAACCCAGAGGUAAGGUAUUUGAAGAAUUUAAUAAUGGGAUGCCGGGACUUACCAAUUUGGACCAUGAUGACCCGUUAGCGGAUACGCACAAACGUUACUUGAGCGGUUACUCUCAUGGCAUGCCAUCCCCUCUUUACGAUAGCUCGACUGGCCAUGGAAUCGAUAGGAUUCAGUCGAAGGAUAUUGUCGCGCUUAUGGACCAUCUUACUGUUCGUGAUGCGCAAAGAAAUGCUCGAGAUACCGAAAUACUCGUCACUCUUGUUCGAAGUGCGGCAGAAAUGCGUAAUUCCUUCGAGGACAUGAAAAAAUUCAUCGCCCAACAAGAUGAAAUGCUAAUGGAUACGAACGAGAAACAACAUGAUCGUACCCAAAAAAUUGUUGGUGGGCCUCGGCCUCAACCCCUGGGCACUCCGCGGACCCCUCGACGUACUGCAACAGAUGAAGAGGAAGAUAUGCGAUCAAAAAGGAAAAAUGUUUUCAAACGGGCCUUGAAAGGUCUGAGCCUGAAAAGCUCCAACGAUCUUACUAGAGUCGAGGACAUGCUUGUGCACCUGCUUCUUGAAGUUGAGGCUUUGAGAGCUGCCCAGGAAGGCCGGGCACCAGGAACUGGACCUGUUAGCUCGAGCGAGAAUAUUCGCGAACCUGGCCAAGAUGGAUAUGAGCCCGAGGGCCAAGCUGGCACGUCAUCAACUGGCGGCGACCAGUCAGGUUUCUCAAAUUCUCCUCGUUUAACUGGGGAUAUGAAAGCCGCGAGCACACGCCGCGGAUCCGAGCACCGGAUCAGUCCAGUUCUUGAAGGCGAUGAGGAUUUGGAACCGCUAACAUCACAAGAGCAAGAUUUACUUAAUCAACAAAAUGCUGUUGAGGCCCAGCUAACAGGACGCCACAGACGAGGUGGCUCCGUCCCACUGGGGACUCCUCCGCGAGUUCAUCUUGCAUCCGGCGCCUUAAGCACAGAUACAACCCCUAAAAUGUCCGACGGAAAGUCUCGAAAACACAAAUCAAGUAGUUCAUCAUUUUUCCCUAAAAUUUCCCGGUGGUCGAAAACAACAGCUUCUUCUAUGGGCGAAAACAUCCGCAAUAGCAUCCAAACCAGUCGAAAAGACAGACAAUCUUCGGAGCUAUCGCGAUCCGGUUCUGAUUUGGGACAUGACGGAUAUAAUACUGGUGAAUAUUACGAUCACCACGGCGAUGAUAGGUUGCGCUCCAAUACGAGCUUGGAACAGAGACAAGAAAACCGUCCUCCGUCUCCUCUAGUUCCAUCGCAACUUUCGGAACAUCCGAAGUAUCGGGCACAUAGGGAUAGUUUGAAUUUACAACACCCUCAGCCACGUCAGGGACCUACAGGCCGCUAUCAAUCUCAGCUAGAAUCGCAAGCGCAAACAUUCGUACCUCCAAUUGCCCAGAAUUCUGAAGCUUGGGCAUCCACCCAGAGCCUGGGUCGAAUGACUCCCAAUCCAAACGUGCCUGGUUCGGACGGUGGAUAUUCCGAUCUAUCAACGACUUCUGCGAAACGAAACGCACCCCCCCGCCCGCCUAAGAUUAGAGACGAUGGUCCCUUGAUUCCUCAAAGACCGCCUAAAGUGAGCGGGGAUGGUCAACUCACCUAUGCAGAACGCAUGGCCUCCCGUGGUUCACACCCCUCAAAUUAUGAUGGUACAAAUGAAUCCCCAAUUAGGUCCUCCCCGAAAAAUAAAACUCCGCAACGAAAGCCCACUGGGCCCCGCCCUAUUACCAGCUCCGGCUCCGGCUCAGGAUACCCCAAGAGACCGCAAUAUCGAGGGAGCCCGCAACAAGUAGACGACGAUAACCCUUAA